GCUCAGUCACCAGUCCGAGUUGGUUGAUCCGCGGCGACGUAACACACCGACUGGUACCCGGGAUCACUGCAGUCCAGUCCGGCCGCGCCACACACACACUGCCCGGUGCACCGCCUCACAGGAUAACCGCUCUCUGGUUGGUUUGGACACUCUGGACAGCAGCGCGCAUUGGAACACGGGAUUUAGUGGAGAAGUUGUCUCUGUGUGCCCGAGCCGAGGACUCUCGCUGUCAAGUCUUUGGGGAGGAUUUCUGACUUAUUCUUUUUUUUUUUGUUCACUGUCGCCAAAAAGCGCGAGGACUUACGGAUUUUAAAGAAGUUUUCUGGGUUUUUUUGUGAAGUUCUCAGGAGAAUAUCGCCUGUUUUUCUUUUUCUGAAUGCUUGGUGACAUCUGAAAGACAGGGAUUUGCUGUCAGGACGGGAUACUUUGGGUUAGCGUCGGGGAGUGGUCGGACAGUUUUCUCGCGACGUCGGAGGCCGCCGUUCUGCCGGACAAAGCAUGCAAACGGAGGAUGUCGUCUGAGUCCCCGUCGGGCCUCGCUGCUCCACGUCUCACCUCGUCGUCCAGAGGAAUGACGGCUCUGUGUUGGUGCUCGCUCUGGCUCUCCUUCCUCCUGCCGCUCUGCGUCGCUCCGGCGCGGCUGCCCACCGCUCAGCCCACAGACUCCGUGUCCAGCGAGACGGCCUUCCUGGAGGACUAUGUUCUGGGCAUGGGGGACACCCUGGAAAUGUCAUGUGACCUGGAGGACCACUCGGAGCCCGUCGUCUGGUUUAAAGACGGCGCCGGGCUGGUGCCGGGCAACAGGACGCGGCUGGGCCAGAGGAUGUUACGCAUCAUCAACGUGUCGUACGAGGACUCCGGCGUCUACUCGUGUCGGCUCGCUCACAGCAACACGCUGCUCAGCAACUACACCAUCCGGGUGACAGAUUCUCUGUCGUCUGGUGAUGAUGAAGAUUAUGACGAAGAUCCAGAAGAUGCAGAAGCUCCGUAUUGGACGAGGCCCGAGCGAAUGGACAAGAAGCUCCUGGCCGUCCCAGCCGCCAACACGGUCAAGUUCCGCUGCGCCGCCUCCGGGAACCCGAUGCCGACCAUCCACUGGCUGAAGAACGGCAAAGAGUUCAAGGGAGAGCAGAGGAUGGGGGGCAUCAAGUUGAGACACCAGCAGUGGAGUCUGGUAAUGGAGAGCGCUGUGC